AUGAGCAAAGGGAGCUGGGAGCUUGGAAGUCCUACAAUCACUCAGGACCUCAAGUUCGUGAACCUCUCGCAUCCAGAUGACGUGCGCCAGAAAAAAGAGGUUCGAACGGAGAUCCGUCGUCAUGUUAUGAAAGAUAUCGGCCAACGACGGAGGCGCCCACGUUGCAAAGAGACAUUGACACAACCCACCCAAGCAUCUUCUGUGGAGUUGAACCGUUACAAACCCUCUCAGCACUGUGACGUAAACAUAAGAAUCGAUCCACCUAGUCGGGGCCUAGCUACGCUCGGUGACUUUCCUGUCAAUGCUGAUAUGCGUGUUCUCGAGCUCAUGCACUUUCUCCGUACCGCACCUUACCAACCAUUCAGAACACUUUGGAUUAAUGUAGCAUUAUGCGACCCUGGAGCAUUCCAUGUGACCCUCGGUAAUGCUGCUGAUUUUUUGAAUAAGAUCAAGGGCAAUUCUAGUCUUAUCAAAAGCCCGGAGGUUCUUGGUCACUAUGAGACCUCAACGAGGCACUUGAGACGACGUCUCAACAACUUUGCAGAGAGUAUCUCAGAAGGGGCCAUUGCAAACAUACUGGCCCAUGUCUGUCUCACUAUGAGGCACUUUGAAUGGGAUAGUUGGAGGGUCCACAUGGAUGGGUUAAGCCUCAUAGCUAAACUACGUGGCGGGUUUGCCGAGCUUGGAUAUAACAUGCCCCUGCUUAUAUUGCUAUACGAUCUGGCUGGUGGAAUGAUUUUUGACUCAUCACCGAGAUUUUGUCUCCCAACAGAUCAUUUCGGUACAUCUCAUAAAUCCUUGAGGGACGUUCCACCCAGGUUACAAGCCGUACUUAUCCAACUUACGUCGCCCACAAUUGCUCCAGCGGGCGAGGCCUUGAAAUGGAUUUCCUUAGUAUCCGAUGUGAUCAACACUAAUAGCCGUUCCACAUCCUUCUGGAAGAGGGACAUCGAUGCAAUCAGUUUGAUCGGCCCCUGCAUUCACUUUUUACUCUCGAUGCCGAGGCUCCCUCGCAAUUUUGAGACCAUGGAUAACAUAGAAGAUCUUAUCGCGAGAGAGAUGGUGCGGCUGACAUCUCUGAUACUUAUGUCAAGGUUGAAAGAACUUUUUGCGUUUCCAGCGAGCGAGAGAGUUGCACUACAGAACAGAAUCACUGAGUUCGUGUCUCACAACAUAAGAUUGGUUGGGGAAAGGUACUUGGAAUUGAAAGUAUGGGCUCUCGUUACUCUUGCUUUGUUGCAGCCCCAUGACGGAAGAGAAGUAUACAUACAGGAGCUUCGGAGAGAAACGCGCGCAAUGAACCGUUUACCGGCAUACGACGUGUUUGAGAUUACAAGAGACAUUGUCUGGUUUGACAUUCUAAUGUCUCCGUUUACAGAUGAGCUGGCAGAAGAUAUGGAGCUGCAACUCGGCUUUGGCCAAGCCUGUUGA